AUGGCGCAGCCGGAUUCGGUCCAGGCAAACGGCAUCCCUGGACCGGACCACGCUGAGUCCCCCCAACCCGUUGUUCCUGUGAAGAGGAAGCGCGAUACCGAGGACGAAGGCGACGAGGUCAACGGCGAUGGACCCGAGAAGAUGGAGGUCGACGCGGAAAUCCCAAAGGAGGAUCAUAAACCACUCAUCAAAGACUAUUUCGCUGUUCUCAGCAGCUUCGAUGCAAACCCAUCAAUCCUGAAGCGUUAUCUUCCCGAGCCCGAUUCGGAGCAACCCGACGCGAAACGCCAAAAGUCCGCCGAUAGCCCAGCCACCAUCGCCGACAAGGUCAGUAACGACUCGUACUCGCACGUCGACGAACUCGCGGCCGAUCUCGUCGAAGCUGUCAAGGGUCAGCUUCAAGAACUUCAAUCGGCCAAGGAUGAGAAGGACAAGGAGGUCAUUGAUGGCGCCGCUGUGGCUCAGACCAAGAAGUUUCAACAGAAGGCUAUGGACCUCCUUCGACGGGAGAUAUCGUACCCUCGCAGCGCUGUAAACAUCAACUACAUCAAGCCGAUCCCAGAAGUCGCUCCAGGCAACGCUGUCUUGACGGUUGUUGGUCUCGCCCCUCAUGGCAAGCAGCUCUUCUCAAGUCUGCCCAAAAAGGUACCAGGGCAGGAGAGCUCCGCUGCAAAGGCCGCCUCCUUGGAACUUCCUACGGGCAUAUCGAGGUCCUACAUAGUUCCUUCUCGCCAAAACGAAAGGUCAGCUACUCUUGGGGAGUUGUUUUCCUCGAGCAGGCCUCUCCCGCCACUGCAGCCGCCCAAGCAACCCAAGCAGCUGGUCAAGGGAAAUGCUCUCGGUUUCUACCAUCCUGAGCCUGCGCAAAAGUCCAAGUACUUCAAUGAUUCUUACUCUAGCAAGAAGGUCGCGGUCGGCUACUACUUGGACUAUACCAAUGCGGCACCCUCAUCCAAGAGCAAGACCAGGCAACGCGAACGCGCUCAAAGUCUCGCAGGCCACCGACCUUCGUCUACCGAAAUCGAAGUCAACGAAAUGGAGUCCUUGUUCCGCAGCGCCUUUUCCAGCUUCGCGCCCUGCAGAGACGAUUCCGGCUCAGUCAUUCCGUCCAGCCAUGCUGGUCGCAUGUACUGGCAGCUUACUGGACAGCGGAACUUCAACCGCCUCGUUGAGUCCGAAUUGCAGGAAGUUGAUGAAGACAACGCGCUCGAAAAGCACUUUGGGGAGAAGGCGACUGAGACCGGAGACGUAGACGAGGAGUUUGUCAACGAGGCAAUUGAGAAGUGGGAUGAAUGGCUGGUGGAUCCGGCACUGGAAGACAUGAACGAGGUCCUCACUAAACCCAAGGAUAAGGAACCCGCCGAUAAGGAGGUUGACGAGUUCCUGGAUGAGGUCACCGACAUGAUUGAGACGCUACUGUCGUAUCAGCGCAUUCGCAAUCUCACGUUGCCAUCAUCACAGAAUCGCUAUGCUGGUGAUCCCGUCAACGGCGACUUGCUAUCUCAUGGUGCUGUCUCGUCACCGACGGAAGAGGAGACUGCGACUUAUGAAACUUUGAGGGCUCAGCUGAGUCUGAUCAUCGGCACUCUACCCCCCUACGCAGUGGCUAAACUCAACGGUGACCAACUUGAAGAGCUUCUCAUCAGCACUAAGCUCGAGGUCCGCACAGAUCAGUACAAGGGUGUGAUGGAGGACGAUGCCGCAACGCAAGCCCGAAUGCGUCAACAGCAGAAUGCGGCCGCUGCUGCUCCCCAGAACCGGCCUGCUCCGCACCGCACGCCCAGUGCCUCCACUCCGUACAACAACCAGUACGGGUCGGCGCAGUACGGAACCCCCACCCGAACGCCUUCAAUUGCUCCAACCAACUACUACCGGUCAGGCCAGCAACCCGCCAUUCCCCCGCAGCAAGGUUCCGUUCCUCGUCCGGCCGGUGUACCCCACCAGAUGCCUCAUGCGCAGCAACCCCGUCCCGCUCAAUCGGGCAAUUUCCGGACGACCAACGGAUACACCAACUAUGCGCAACAUGUCGGGAAGGCGCAAACACCAUAUGGCCACCAGGGUGUUCAGUAUGGAUCUCAACAAAGACCUCCACAGUACUCUGGCUACGCAGGGACGCCUUCACACGGCACGCCUAAUGCUCGCUUUCAGCAGAGCUACCAGCAGUCUUUCCCGCAACAGCCAAGCACGCCUUCCCAGGGCUAUGGAGGUUAUUACCCUAACGGUGCCAACAACAUGCAACAGCGGACUAUGUCACCCCAGGUACCGGCUGGUCAGUACAAUUCGCCAACUCCACACCAGCAGCAACGGUACUAUGGAUCGAAUCCGCACCAAAACGUGCCUGGCACCCCUCCGAUCAACCGUCAGCAUUAUCCGAAUGGUAGUCACCUCCCUCAACAACCUAUGAAUUCUCUAACUGGAUACAAUACAGCCGUUGCAAGGACAGACCAGCAGCGCCUCCACGCCGAGCAAGCCAGGUACAGAGCUGCCGCACAGCAGACGAGUGCAGCCUUCGGGACCAAGAUACAGGGCACACAUGAAGGCAACAUGACCCAAGUACCAGCCGAUGAUCCGAACGGCCAAGGGUCACCCUACAAUGCGAACAUGAGAGCGCGUAUGGCCGCAGGCGGUACCCCGAAGCCACAGAGCCCUGUUGGCAGUAUAGGCAAGGCCAACGGAACCCCGCCAAUCCCGCAUAAAGUGACGCCGGUACCCAUUCCGGUCAUACCUCAACAGCAGCAAAGGAAGCCAGCUUAG